GCUGCUGAGCCAGACUGGCCAGGAGAGAGCCCGUCGGGUGUUGAUGGCAAAGAGAAAAUGAGUGCUCAGAAGUCCAAAUUCCCGUGGACUUUGAAAGCAUCCAUGGGACAUCAGCGCUCCAUGGCACAGGGCAGCGAAAAGGUGAAUAACUUCCCACCGCUCCCCAAGUUUAUCCCUCUGAAACCGUGUUUCUACCAGAAUUUUGCGGAUGAAAUUCCCAUCGAUUAUCAGUCCCUGGUGAAGAGAAUCUACCACGUAUGGAUCUUUUACUGCAUCACGCUGGUAGUGAACAUAAUCGCGUGCCUGGCGUGGUGGAUCGGAGGCGGCUACGGGGUGAAUUUUGGCUUAGCCAUCCUCUGGCUGCUCCUCUUCAGCCCCUGCGGCUACGUCUGCUGGUUCCGACCCGCGUACAAAGCCUUUCGGUCGGACAGCUCGUUCAAUUUCAUGGCCUUUUUCUUCAUCUUCGGCGCACAGUUUAUUCUCACCGUCCUGCAGGCGAUCGGUUUCUCCGGAUGGGGAGCUUGCGGGUGGUUGGCAGCCAUCACCUUCUUUAGCACGAACGUUGCAGCGGCUGUGUUCAUGCUGUUCCCUGCCAUCAUGUUUACAAUGUCAGCGGUCGCAAUGCUCAUCUGCAUUUUAAGGGUACAUAAAAUCUACCGAGGAGGUGGUGGAAGCUUUCAGAAAGCUCAGGACGAGUGGAACAGCGGCGCGUGGAGGAACCCCCCAAGCAGGGAGGCCCAGUACAGCAAUUUUUCUGGGAACAGCCUGCCAGAGUAUCCCACAGUGCCCAACUAUCCCCCGGGAAACCAAUGGCCUUAAGCAGCCACAGCUGCAAACUGCCUGGAUUC